AUGUCUGAUGUUGCCCUCCUUCCACUUCAAGUUCCCUUAAAGCGCCAAUGUCUGAAUUCAGGUGCAGAUUGGGAAGCAGGGAUAGCACGUGUAACUGCAAGUACAGGAUUGCUGCUACAAUGGGUCGAAAAUACAGAGUGGUUGAAGCUCUGUGAUAGGUUUAUUCCUCAUGCAAAAGUUUCGUCGGCAAAGGUCCUUACAAAACAUGUCAUACCACAAGUCCUGCAUGAUAUCAAAGGGAGCGCAAAAGAAGAAUGUCAUGGUGCAGUAGGAACACUUCAAUGCGACAGAUGGACUGGUGAGAAUAGCCAUCAUUUGUUUGAGCUCCUCAAGCAGAUGAUCAAAUCAAUAAAUCAAGUCAAGUGCGAGUGGGGAGUGACUAUUAUUGCAUGCACUACUGAUGCAUCCAGAGAGUCUUGUAAGGCUUGGCAACUCCUUUGUGCAAGAUUUCUGCACUUGGUAACACCUGACUGUUUAGCUCAUCAGAUAGAUUAUUGA